AUGGAUAGCGCUCUCGGACUCACGUCCAAUCCGAGCGUCUCCGUCAAGUCAGCCAUUGUCGCCAUGAUGAUUGUGAUGACUACGGGAUUCACUCUCGGAUGGGCACCAACAUCGCAUGUUCUCUCUGCCGAGAUUCCGAGCAUGCGUCUCCGUGACGUUACGUAUCGGACGGCCAGCGUGGUUAACAUUGCAAUGCAAUUCACCGUCGCUUUUACGCUACCGUAUCUGCUCAACGCCCCGUACGCGAAUCUGGGGUCCAAGGUUGGUCUGAUCUUCGGCACAAUAAGCUUUCUCUCUCUUGUGUUUGUCUACCUCUGCGUGCCGGAGUGUAAGGGCCGGACACUUGAGGAGGUGGAUAUGCUCUUUGAAUUGAAUAUCCCGAUGCGGAAAUUUCGGAGCACAGUCCUCGUGAUGCAUGCUCACAACCAGGCGAAUAGCAAAAGAGAUGAGGAGACAGCCUCCGAAUUCGAGGCAAGAGAGAAUCAGUCACGGGGGAUUAUGGAAGCGUUGGGACGCAGUGUUCUGAGUGCGGCAUCUAUCGUCAAUUGCAUAAACCUGUAA